AUGUGUGUGUCUCUAGAUGUGUGUCUAGAUGUGUGUGUCCAGAUGUGUGAGGUCCACCUAGAAUUCUCCCCCUGUGCUUGCCGCUUUUCGCUCCGCUCCGAACGUCAAUGUGAGCUAACAAGCGGGUUUGAUCCCGAUGCAGCAGUAGAGCACAGUACGUACCGAAAAAUCACCAGUAUCGGCGUAAAUUGGCAGACAACAGAAAGACACAGCCCCAACGGCUCCGUUAGCCCCAACCUGAUAGAGUCCAGAGGCGAAGCGGGGAGGCUCUACAGAACACAUUGUAUCAUACUGUACCAACGGUGCUGCACAGCAUGGUUCAACUGUUCUCCGCACGUUGUUCGCUCCGCACGGAACAGCUCUUCAGUACUGUAG